UUCGUUUUCAACGAUUGAAUGAAUGUCCUUUGUGCGUAGGAAACCAGAGAAAAGAAGCUCCCCAAAAGCGUCAAAUGGGAAGACACCCAAGGAUACCUUUCACGAGUCAGCAGCUGAAUAUUUUGGAAGAAAAAUUUCAAAAAACCCCAUAUCUAACCGGUGAUGAAGUAAUGGAACUGGCAAAGCGAUUAGAACUUGCAGAUAUAAGGGUGAAAAUUUGGUUUCAAAACAGGAGAGCCCGUGAUAGAAGAGAAAAAUUCUCCUCUGGAGCCAAUAACUUGAGUCCAUCUGAGUCAUCUGACUCAGCUAGAUCCAGCAACUGUGAUGUUCAAAAUUUGCCUUCAUUCUCAAGUGAUUUUAAAAUAUCCCAUUCGUAGAACAGAA